AUGCGACGCGGUGUGACAGCGGGGGUGAAAUAUUGUGAAUUCAUUAAUUAUAGUACAGUCAAGGAGGUUACUUUUGCUAGACAAGAGGUGUGUCGGGCUUUUCGGAAUCCCAAGGAAGGGACGCGCGUGCGCGGGAGGGCGCUGGUGUCGACGGCGCGGCAGUCCUAUGCGCCCCGCCGUAAAGCCUGUACGCGUCUAUCGCUCGCCGCGCGCAUAAUCGCAACCGCUCUUUGCCAAAAGCACACGCGCCCUUAUCUGCGGCCACUGGCGAACGGC